GGUGGAUGCGAGCAGAGGCGAUGUGUGUGGUGUGUCCUCGUGACAGCUCAGCAGCUACACCACAUGUCUGCCUGGGAAGGAAAGGGGGAAGCCUCUCCUCUCUUCUCUCCUCCUUUCAAAACAGCCUGACACUGGUCGCCUGAUGCUGUUGCCAUAGCAUUGGGGUGUUGUGGUAAUUGGUGUACAUACACUUACUCACAGGCAGAGAGAGAAAGCCACGGGCGGUUGUCGACUAAAUUGGGGAAGGAUGCAAUUAUCUCCCAUCUCUCGGUUUCCUUCCCCCCCCUCUUCUAACUGUCUUCCCCACUCUCUUUGUUGUCUGUGGGUUGUUAAAAAUAGCCUUCCACAGACACCCUGACAGCAUCUAAUAUUAUUGGGAUUGAGAUGCGGAUAAUGAACAGGCUUAUGAGUUCUCCACAAUGGCCGCUGCAUUUGGGGAUGUCAGGAAACAACAGACGACUCAAGAGAGGGAGAGGAGUGAAUGAUAAUAGAGAUAAUGGUGAUAAAAAUACAGUCGCUGUGCAUUCACAUUCCUCAAAACGUGCCCCAUCCUCUUUCUCAACCCUCAUUGUUUUACUGUAGAGGGGAGGCAUAGCUGUACGGCUCGAUGACAUUCCUUCACAAUGGCUGACUUCAUAAAAAAAAGCUUUUAGGAGGGAAUUACAGGGGCUGGGAAUUGAGGAUGGGAUUUAUCUGCAGCGAUUGCACAGCUGGAAAAAAGAGAGGAGAGGAAAAGUUAGAUUAGGAAUCCAAGUCUGCAUAUUAUAAGUCAAUCACUCAAACAUCCCUUCAGACCCUCAUGUAUUCACCAAUACCAAGCCGUAAUUAGGGCUCCCCCCUUCUCCCCACUUUCUGUCAAAUCAUGUGUUCUGAAUAGAGCGUGUUGCUGGGGCUGGCAGACUACAGCAGGGGAGAGAGGGGGGAGAGAGCGAGAGAGAGAGAGAGAGAGAGAGCGAGGAGGGGGAGUGAGCGCAGCGAAGCAAGACAAAUUCAGUGGAGGAACCCCCCCUCCAGUCAGAUGAACAUCACUGCCUCACUCCCUCCUCCUCCUUCUCCUGUCUCCAUCGCUGUUUUUUUCCCCUCCUCCCUUCCUCGCUGCUACUCCAUUAUUCAUCAGUGCGCUGAGAGUCCCCAGCUCACGCCUCCAGCUGCUGCUACUCCAGCCGAUCCACUGUGCCUGCUGGAUCUCCUCCUCACCUAGCCUGGCUACAGUGCCUAUUUUUUCCCUACAUCCAUCCCUAGCCAUGGAGACUCCGAGCUGGUCCUUUUCUGCUGCUGAGAGGGAGAGUGAGCCAUAAUCGAGCUGCUCUCUUAGCUGUUGAGAAGAGAAAUACAAGAGGAGAGAAGAGGGGAUUUUUUUUGUUGUCCUUUUUGGCACUGAAAGAAUCCUGUUCGUCUGCCUCUAUUUUUUUCUAUAUCUCUAUAUUGGAUUACAGUUCUGGCUUUGUGUAGGAACGAGAAAACGGGGUCCAAAAUGCCUGAAGCCAAUUACCUGCUGUCGGUCUCUUGGGGUUACAUUAAGUUCAAGAGAAUGUUGAAUCGGGAGUUGACGCACCUAUCUGAGAUGAGUCGGUCUGGGAAUCAGGUUUCCGAAUUCAUCUCCAACACCUUCCUAGACAAACAGAAUGAUGUGGAGAUCCCGUCACCGACAUCCAAGACGCGAGAGAAGAAGAAGCAGCAGAAGCAGCAGCUAAUGACACAGAUCAGCGGGGUCAAGAAGGUCUCCCACGGGCCCUCGCUCUCCAGCAGCAGCAUCUCGCGCUUUGGCGUCAAGACCGAUAAGGAGGAGCUGUUGUCCAAAGAGCUGGAGGACCUCAACAAGUGGGGCCUGAACAUCUUCACUGUUUCGGAAUACUCCCACAACCGGCCUCUUACCUGCAUCAUGUAUGCCAUCUUCCAGGAGCGAGACCUGUUAAAGACAUUUAAGAUCCCCAUGGAUACGUUUGUGGCCUACAUGAUGACAUUGGAAGAUCACUAUCAUUCAGAUGUGGCCUACCAUAACAGCCUGCAUGCCGCUGACGUAGCCCAAUCCACACACAUCCUCCUCUCCACUCCAGCCCUGGAUGCGGUCUUCACAGAUCUUGAGAUCCUAGCAGCCAUCUUUGCUGCAGCUAUCCAUGAUGUUGACCAUCCUGGAGUAUCAAACCAAUUCCUAAUCAAUACCAACUCUGAGCUGGCGUUGAUGUACAAUGAUGAGUCUGUGCUGGAGAACCAUCACUUGGCUGUGGGAUUCAAGCUACUGCAGGAGGACAACUGUGAUAUCUUCCAGAACCUCACUAAGAAGCAGCGACAGUCCCUGCGCAAGAUGGUCAUCGACAUGGUUUUGGCCACUGACAUGUCCAAACACAUGAGUCUGCUGGCUGAUCUGAAGACUAUGGUGGAGACUAAAAAGGUGACGAGCUCUGGAGUGCUGCUGCUGGACAAUUACACCGACAGGAUACAGGUGCUACGUAACAUGGUGCACUGUGCUGACCUGAGUAACCCCACCAAGUCCCUGGAGCUGUAUCGUCAGUGGACUGAUCGGAUAAUGGAGGAGUUCUUCCACCAGGGAGACAGAGAGAGGGAGAGGGGAAUGGAGAUCAGCCCUAUGUGUGAUAAACACACAGCCUCAGUGGAGAAGAGCCAGGUGGGUUUCAUUGACUACAUCGUGCACCCUCUGUGGGAGACCUGGGCCGAUCUAGUGCACCCUGACGCCCAGGACAUUUUGGACACGCUGGAGGACAACAGGAACUGGUACCAGAGCAUGAUCCCCCAAAGUCCCUCCCCGCCCUUCUACGACCAGGGCACGCACGGACACAGUGGAGGCACUGGGGGGCAGGGAGGCGGGGAGAAAUUUCAGUUUGAGCUGACCUUGGAGGAGGAGGAGGACUUGGAUGGAAUAGAGAAAGAUGGCGAAGAGGAGGAAGAAGAAGAGGAGGAGGAUAGUUUAGGAGAUUGUCGUUCUCCUCCCCUGGACUAUUUGGACGGUCAGGAGCACGAGGAGGGCAGCAUGAUGGAGCCUAUGUCGGCAAUAGAGAUCGUGACACACGAGGCGUCACCCACAGACACAUAGGGCUUCCAUCAUCAGGCUCACAUGGUGAUUUCAGAGUUUUUGGGAAAAGAGGGGAGAUCCUCUUGCAGCUGUGCUUUUUAGUAAGCCCACAGAAGCAAGGGCUUAGUUUCGUCCCGCACAGGGGCGUCUUGCACUUGGGUGUUUGAAGCCAGACACGGGCGGACAGUUUCAGUGAAGCGGCUUCAGAGUUCUCAGGAAAUAAUUACUGCGAACAUUUUAGUCUUGAUGGACAGGCGAGACCGAGGGUGGAACUUGAAGGAUUUCGGCCAGUUUGGGAAAUGGUUACUUUUCUUUUCUGGACUGGCAUUAAAUGGACAUUGACACUACUGAGAGAAGUUUUGUACCUUAAGACUUUUUUACAGAUAUGAUAUGAUCUAGAAGUAGCAUAGAGUAAGAUCUACUGAUGGAGACACAUUUGUAUAGCAAGAGAAAGUGUUUACUUUUUUCCUGUACCAUUUGUCAAAGGACUUUUGUGUGCCUUUUUUACUAUUGUCUUUAUAAUAGUUUUUUAUUUAUUGAACACUCUAGUAUGUCUGUGAAAUGUUUUUUUUUUCCUAUCUGAAAGAGCAAAAUCUUUUUUGUAUGUUAAAGAGAACAGUCUUCCACGUAUUGGGCAAUAGAGAAAUCCAAACAAACGUCGAUAAACAACUCUUGGACAAACUCAUCUAAAUAGGGAAACAUUAGCACCCACAUUAUACGCACAUUGUCACAUUUGUUUUUGUUUUUCAAUCUGAGCAUAAUGUUUUUCUUUACACGUGGAUUUCAAACGCUUAUAUUCACUCAUGGUUCAUGUUACAUGUUUAGUUUGUUGCUCUCUAUAUCAGAUGUCAGUCAAUGAAUGUUACAGUCACACUGAAAUACAUCACCUAUUUUCAUAUUCCAUCUCUUUAAACAUCAUCUUUUCUCUUUUUCUUUGUAACGGUCUGCAGACCAUUGGGGGCUUCCUACUUUUUCACACCAAAGCUUGACUUUUGAUGCAAAAUACUCAGUGAGGAUAUGAAAUCCUACACUUGCAACUAUAUGUUCAGAUAUUCCUGCUAAAUUUUCAGUAAAAUUAUUGGGACAUUUGACUUCCACGAUUUUGUCUUUUCAUUGCAUCCAAUUGUUGGUGUGUUAGUUCAAACCCUAAUAACCUACCAGAUAAAAUCAACAGAAAUUCAGGCAAGUCUGGAAAACAAAGAGCUCAUGACAACAAGCUGCUUAGAUCUAUGACAAAAUCAGAAAUGAAGUCUGCCAAGGACAAAAUGCACAACAGCGGUGAAUCUAUUUUUAGCCCACAGGUAUGCUGCAGUCUUAAUAAUCCUGUUAGUUGGAACUGGUCCAGACCCCAGACCCGUCUGAUGUAACGCCCUCCUGCCCCUCUGCAAUCAGGCCCUGACCAGAUGAUUAAAGGUGCUCUUUCAGCUGCCUGUCUGAAAGGCCUCAUACCCUCAUCAGUGCCACUAUUCACAUGGUUUACAAACCCCUCUGGGCUCCACAGACACGACCCCAAAACAAUCAGGCCAGCUAUUUCUUCCUCACGAUAAAAAUCCCUCAAGUGCGUCGUCUGCUCAUUGACGUCAAUUGAAUUUCCCCCCCACCCCCCCACCCCACUGUAUCAGGUUUCCAGGACAGUCGGGUUAUUAGGAUUUGGCACAGAUGGAAUUACUGGAUUCAGCAUGGCAUACUGCACCUUUUGAAAAAAAAAAGAGGAAUAAUUAGGUGCUCUAGAUUUAAAACAAACCAACAAAAAUACCUCUUUGUUUCUUCACUAAUGUGUUGGGGAAUAUGGUUUGAAAAUGGUUUGCAGACUUCACAUUUCUGCUCCUGUGGCUUCCACAGCUAAUUUUUUCAUGGAUGUUCUUGUUACAUCUAUAAUCACAUCUCUUUAUUUUCAUAUUGGUUUACUGACAUACUCAAAAGGUACUUCAUCUAAUUUCACUCCAGCAUGCUUAAGUGGCAAUCGUUUGUGCGCAGUAUGUAUGGAAGGUUUUGUAUGCUUGUGUGUGUUUCUGUAUGUGUGUGUUUGAAUGUGUUGACUUUGUCAUCAGGCCUUACCCCCCAUCACUACACACUUUUGUCUCUACUGUUUGUUGCUAGGAGCUCAAGUUGGUCCUUUUUGCUGUUUAUAACAGUGUGUAUUUAUUCUAUACUUUAAGCUUGUAAAUAAGAAAUACUGGUUCUGUGUAAAAUCAAUUUUAAUUUAUAUGCACUUGCAUUACCUGGAAGUGGUGGUGUCUAAUGUGUAGAAGACUCUGGAUUAGAGUCUUUUUAUAUAUAUUGUUUUUAUUUUUAAAAUAUAUAUAUAUAAAAAAAUAAAUAAAUGUAUCUAAGUAUAUAUUCGCACAAUGUUUUGAGUGCCCAGCAGAGCAGCAGCUAAAGAGACAUGUUGUUGUUGUCACAUGAGAGCCUUGGAACUCCAAAGUAGCCUCUUUGUUUUUUACAUAAGUUAAUACAAUUUUAUAUAUAUAUAUAUAUAUAUAUAUUUUUUUAAGCUUAUGCAUGAACAUUAAACCAAAAAUGUUCUCACUUUGAAAUCUUAAUAUCUAGGUAUUAUUUUGUUUUUCUGAAAAGUUUUGUUUCUCUCAAUUUCAGCUUAGUUACAUUUCUUAAAUAAUAGCCCAAAGGACUUUGAAUGUCCUCAUUUUGUUUUUUUACAUAAUUUUUUUGAUGCAAAACUACCAACUGAGUUUUUGAAGCUACAAGGUUUUCAUUUGACAGCAACAAUUUGGUAACCCAGAGAGGACAUAGAGGACAUGUUAAACGGCAUAGGCUUGGAUAUAGGAUACAUACAAGCUAGCUAAGGAACACAGAAGCUUAGUCAGUGCUUGGUAUCAAAGUACACAAAUAGCUUAUUUUCUCUUAGCAGUUUGUCACAACCGAAGCUUCUCCACCCAACAUUUGAAUGCAGAUUGCUGAUAUGAGGCAAGAUAUAGGUUCGACUGACAAACACAAAGCGAUUAUCUCCUUUUACACUUAACGCACUUCAUGUAAAAGUAGAUAACACAGGGACGAUAUUGGUAGCAUGCUACAAUACACCCGGCACUGACGUGAAUCGUUCUGAAUUAACAACAAAACAUGAUCUUAUGUAACUGAUUGUGCUAAUGUGUAAACUCUUUCUGACCAAACUUGUUAGCAGUUUUGAAUUUCAAAUUUGUCAAAAUUAACAUUGUUUAUCUAUGUUAAAGCUUUUUUUGGUCCUAGUUGUGUCCAAAUGGUUAGCCAGAUUUAGCACUAUCUGCAUGAGAGAUGGGGUUUUUUUUAUUGUCAAUAAUAUGUUCAAGUCCACCAGUUGUUGCAGGUGGGUUAUUAAAUGUUUCACACAAUGUAUGGUAUUAUAUAUUGUGUUCAAGAAUAAAUCUGAAACACUUUUUCUAUUAAGUGAUUAAAAGCAAAGCAUGAAUAUA